CUCAGGAACUAUACAUAGCAAAGGCAAAAUGGGAGAGAGAAAAGAGAUCGGUGCGGAUUUCGUACCUGACCUUCUUCUCGCCGUAGUCUUCGACGACGAUCAAUUAACCUUGUUACAUCCGGUGAUCCCUGGGUCGGUUGAACGGCUGGAACAACCAAUUGAUAUAAGCGGGGGAAGAGGAUGUCGUCGGGGAACCGGAAUUACCACGGGGAGUUCAACCAGAAGAUCGAUUAUGUGUUCAAGUUGGUUCUGAUCGGGGACGCGGCGGUGGGGAAGUCGCAGCUGCUCGCUCGAUUCGCCCGCAACGAGUUCAGCGUCGACUCCAAGGCCACCAUCGGCGUCGAGUUCCAGACCCGCACUCUCGCCAUCAACGAGAAGACGAUCAAGGCCCAGAUCUGGGAUACCGCCGGCCAAGAAAGAUAUCGAGCAGUAACUAGUGCAUACUAUAGAGGAGCCGUAGGAGCAAUGUUGAUUUAUGACAUAACCAAACGUCAAUCGUUUGACCAUGUGGCAAGAUGGCUAGAGGAACUGCGAAGCCAUGCUGAUAGGAACAUUGUGAUUAUGCUCAUCGGGAACAAGUCUGACCUUGGAAGUCUUCGAGCAGUUCCAACUGAGGAUGCUAAGGAGUUUGCCCAACGUGAAAAUCUCUUUUUUAUGGAGACCUCUGCUCUUGAAGCUACUAAUGUCGAGAAUGCCUUCCAAACUGGCCUCACUGAAAUUUAUGGAAACGUGAGCAAGAAGUCCCUUGCUGCUAAUGAAGAUAGGGGAUCUGCUGGGAACUCAAACCAGCUCAAAGGAACUCAAAUAGUAGUCCCUGGUCAGGAGCCUCCGAGUGGGGGUAAUGCUUCAUGUUGUUCGUCCUAAUAUACUUUUGGGAUCUUGAUCAUGGAUGGAUUUUUGUCUUGGUUUGUCAAUCAAAUUGUGGAUAGGUUUUUAGUACAUUUCCCUAUUAUUUGGUUCAUUCAUCAUAUUCCGGGCCAUCCAUAUUUGAUCACUUGGUUAACCAAUUGAUUUUGAAUUUAUGCACUUGUAAUCAUCAUAAUUUAUAACUUCUGUAUUUGUAUUUUCUAUAUAUUAUCAGAAGCACUGCUUAAAGGUAAUUCUUGUUAA